AUGGAUCCCCUGCUGGGACGUCUCGCUGAGUCCUUCAAAAUCGGCGCAUAUGCGGAUGACUUGCUCUUCCUGGUUGAAGGAGAUUCCAGACUUGCUCUGGAAACUCGUGGUGAGCUUGCCGUGCGCGAAUGGAGCGAUCGUGUUGGUGUUGACGUCGCGGAGGACAAAACCAAAUUCUUCAUUUUGUCAUUGGCUUUUGUGGCCGCAGCUGUGGCUGAUGUUUCGGAAUUAUCUGGAUAUAAUUAUCAGGGUCCAGCUGUAAGUGGAGGUUUCGGUGGUUCAUCUGCUGGAGGUUUCGGUGGUUCAUCGGGUGGUGGCUUUGGCGGUGCUGCCGCUGGUGGUUUCGGUGGUGCCUCUGCUGGAGGUUUCUCCGGUCCCUCCAACAGUUAUCUUCCCUCUGCCCCAGCACCAGCUCCAGUUGAACAUGUCCACCAACAUUCCGGUGGUUUCGGCGGCGCUUCCGCUGGUGGUUUCAGUGGCGGUUUUGGCGGUGCCUCUGCUGGUGGUUUCGGUGGUGCCGUUUCUGCUCCUUCUAGCAGCUAUCUUCCAGCUGCCCCAGCACCUGCUCCAGUAAACACAUUUGUUCCCCAAGGUGGUUCCUCUGGUGGUUUCGGUGGUGCUUCUGCCGGCGGUUUCGGUGGUGCUUCAUCUGGUGGAUUCAGUGGAGCUUCCGCCGGAGGUUUCGGUGGUGGUUUCGGUGGUGCUGUUUCUGCUCCUUCUAGCAGCUAUCUUCCCGCUGCUGCCCCAGCUCCCGCUCCAGCCCCUGUCCACACAUUUGUCCCACAAGCUGCACCAGCUCCAGCACCUAGUAGCUACGGUGGUGCGUCUUCUGGCGGUUUCGGUGGUGCCUCUUUCGGAGGUGCUUCGUCUGGUGGCUUUAGUGGAGCUUCCGCUGGAGGUUUCGGUGGUGCUUCUGCUGGUGGUUUCGGUGGUGUGUCUGCUCCUGUCAGCUCAUACCUUCCACCUACAUCUGGUCCUAGCUACGGUGGUGCUUCUGCUGGUGGCUUCAGCGGCGCUUCUGCUGGCAACUACGGUGGUGCCUCCGCUGGAAGUUAUGGUGGCGCCUCGGCUGGAAGCUAUGGUGGCGCUUCUGGUGGCAGUUACGGCGGCUCUUCUUCCGGCAGUUAUUCUGGAGCUUCUGCCGGCGGUUUCGGUGGCGGUGCAGCUCCUUCCAGCUCUUACCUUCCUCCUGCUUCUGGACCUAGCUACAGUGGUGGUUCAGCUGGUGGCUAUAGCGGUGCCUCUUCUGGUGGCUAUAGCGGUGCCUCAGCUGGUGGCUACAGCGGUGCUUCAGCUGGUGGUUACAGUGGUGCCUCAGCUGGUGGUUAUAGUGGUGCUUCUGCUGGCGGUUACAGCGGUGCUUCAGCUGGAGGUUACAGUGGUGCCUCAGCUGGCGGCUACAGUGGUGCCUCCAACUAUGCUGACGAUGGUUACCAUUACAAGUUGCAAAGUAGCCCUCUGGGAAAUUUCUACGAGAAUGCCUUGAAGCGCUGUUAUCAGGCCAAACGUAAGCGGGUCUUACUAGCUUUCCCACCGGGAGAUUUCGACUUGGACAAACUAUUGCCUGACACUGUAGACUCAAAAAACAAUGAGUGUUCUCAACUUAAACUUUUAGAUAGGGAAGACGAAGCAGAUCACAGCGACGAUAGCAAUGACGACGACAACGACGACAACGACUUGCAUUUGGAUUAUUCGAAAGCGAAAUUCCUGAUCUUAUCUCUGGCUUUGGUUGGCGCCGUUAUGGCUGAUGUUUCGGAAUUGGGUUAUGAUUAUCAUGCUCCCGCUGCAUCUGCUCCAACCACCAGUUAUAUUCCUCCAGCAGCCUCCGCCCCUGCUCCCAGCUACAGUGCCCCAGCUCCCAGCUACAGUGCCCCAGCUCCCAGCUACAGCGCUCCAGCUCCUAGCUACAGUGCUCCCGCUCCCAGCUACAGCGCUCCUGCCCCAAGCUACAGCGCUCCUGCCCCAAGCUACAGCGCCCCCGCUCCUAGCUACAGUGCCCCCGCUCCAGCUGCUUCUGCCCCCACUACCAGCUACAUCCCACCAGCUGCCUCAGCCCCUGCUCCCAGCUACAGCGCCCCUGCUCCCAGCUACAGCGCCCCUGCUCCCAGCUAUAGCGCUCCUGCUCCUAGCUACAGUGCUCCUGCCCCAAGCUAUAGCGCUCCCGCCCCAAGCUACAGCGCCCCUGCCCCAAGCUACAGCGCUCCUGCCCCAAGCUACAGUGCUCCUGCCCCAGCUGCUUCCGCUCCUAUCUCUAGCUACAUUCCACCUGCUGCCUCUGCUCCCUCUGCCGUUUUGGCCAGUGAUGGUUAUCACUACAAGACCAACCGCCGUGUUGUCUACCGUAAACGUUUCUAA